CUUACCCACAUUCAACACAACACUUGAAUUCGACGUCAUCCUGCGAUUGAGUCGGCCAUGGCCCUACCAAGCUCCGCCGAGUAACCAGCACUGCAUCAAAGCCUCAGGUCAGUACCACGCAUAUUUUCAAGCCUGCUGGCAAUAUUAUUUGAUAGCAAAGCAAGGAGCUAAAGGGGCGCUCGUCGGAAGAAAGGUCUGGGCAUGGAGGGAGUGCGGGCGUAGGAUCGUGCCUUACGGCGUCAGGAUGGAGCACACGCUUUAAUGUGUUUGGGUACAUACAUACCGAACGACUUUGUCGAUGCGGUUUGGCAGCGAGCACGAGGGCCCGCAUGCAGCCCGCUGCGCCAGGCCUUUCGCCUUCGUGCCAGCAGAGGGCUUGAGGUCAACCUCGUCUAAUUGCUUUUGCGUUUGCUGCAGGUGGGCGUCUGACGGUUUCGGGCCGAAGACCUGUGGCACGAACCGCGGAAAAAGUGGGAGGGGAAUAUGGACCUGCUCAGCCUCUCCCGCCUGCCCAAGCGGUCGCUCAGCGCCAUGCCCUCCGAACCAGCCCUGCCGCCCAUCUUCGAGGACCGCUCGGACUGCGAAGCGGACAAGCGCACAUGGCCCCAUAGCCUCUACCGAUGGGGCACCACGGUCGGCUCAGCGGCCCUGGGCCCUUCUUCGCCUCCAGCUGCUGCUGAUGGCUUCAUGGCGCAAGUGGCUCUGCCGCCGAUGCCGUCGCUGCGCCCCUUUCUGUGGGAUGACCCCGGCUACCCCCACUCAAUAGGCCACCACAGUCGACGUCGCGAAGACGGCGUUGGCAGCAGCGCUGGCGCUGGCGGAGGCGGUGGCAGUGCCUGCGCCUGCCUGAGGCGUGCGGCCGCACCUGCUCGCCACGCCAUGCCGGACGCCUCUCCAGCCGCCACAGCCAGUACCACCUUAGACGGCACGGACAGCGGCGGUGGGGGCAGCGGCACUGGCAGUUCCAGUGGACAGCCCCCCAGUAACCUCAGCCGCAGCACCAGCUCGCAUGGCACCCGUGCCAUCGCCUCGGUACUCAAUCACGCCCAGCGCCUGGCGGACGUUCUACGUGCUGAGAACGAAGCGCUGCGGCUGCGCCUGGUGGCGCACCUCCACACACCGCUGGGGGGCCGGGAGGAAACCAUCCAGCACCUCAGCCAUAUGGGGCACUUGGGAGGCGGCGGCGGGCUGCUGGCGGCGGCGGCGGCGAAAGGAGCGCCGUCGGUUGGAGGGCUGCCCCUGACACCUACCGGGGCAGCGGCCGCCGCCGCUGUGGGCGCGGAGUUGCGGUCCACGGUCCCUGAGCAACAUCAUCAUCAGCGGAUGCCGCUCGUGCCAGGAUCGCCAUCCACUGACACAACCGUAGCGGACGCGGCUGCGGCAGUGGUGGUGGCUGAUGAGGCGUCGGAGCCCUGCGGGGAAGGCCUUAUUCGGCCUGGCAACAGCGGCAGCAGCAUUACCAGCAGUGCAAUCAGCAGCAGCAGUGACUGCUGCACCCCCACAACACCAGGCACUACUGCCUGGGGCCACAGCUGCGCUGCUGACAACGGGUUCUUGGCCAGCUGUAGCUGUGGCAAGUGCUCCCGCAACGGCUGUAGCAGUCCUAGCACCGAGGACGGCAGCAGCAACUCUGAGGACACUGCACCCCAAAGGCAACAGGAGCAGCGGUGUAAGCUGAUGGGCUUCGAGCGGCCGACCAAGCUGCAGCGGCCGCCAUGGCCGCCGGCGGCGGCGGGGCCGGGCUGAGAGCCUGAACGGCGCUAGCAGGGCGUGGGGCUGAGGGUGCACGUGUUGAUUGGCGGCGAGUGACGUGACUAGUUUGUUAGCUGCGGGUUAGCACGGACUGUGCACCCCACCCAACCGGCCACGUCCGGAUUUGCGGGGAUGCCAAAGGCCCCCAACAUAGAGGCGUGUGCUUAGUAGGCGCCCGCGUCAAGGUGGCUGGGUUGAUAACGAUCCGGGAUCAGCCCUUUUCCUGCCAUAAGGCAGCCACCUCCUUGUUGGAACUUUAGUUCAUGGUGCUGCGGGCAUAAGGGAGUAUGCAGUAGCAUGCAGGCAGGCACAGACAGGGGCAAUAAUCCUAUGGGGCUUCGCAGCAGGCCCGACGGAAAGCGGGAUGCUGGCGAAGGGCACCAGCACGCAGGUUGCAGGCGCAUAAACAGCUCUCAUUGAGCCGCACAUUCAGCGAUGCGGGAACCCAAGUUGCUCAUGCCUGCUCUAAGCUGUUUUCCGGUAUUUUCGGGGUGGGCGGCCAGCCGGCCGCCGGCCGACGACAUGGGAUGCUGCAGCCUUGCAGGAACGGGGCAGGCGGCUCAGUUUCGUAGCCUUGUGGGAAUUGGGCGUGUCCGCGCCCUGAGGUGGUGUGGCGGUAGGUGGCGCUAUGCGGAAAUCUCGUGGCAAGGCAGUUGGGCGACAUGGGUCAUUGAAGUGCAACCAUAGGGUGCGGGGACGAUGGGAGAUGAAGAGGCGGGGCCCGGAGAGCGGAAGCAAGCGCAACUUCACAUGAGCUUACAGCUAUGGGCAAUAAUCCAUUUCAAACAAUGGCCCAGCAUCCACCUCAGAUGCGGCCGUACUUGGGCGGGCCGCAUCGAUUGGCCGCGCUCAGCAGAGGCGCAGGGCGAUCGACGGGCGAGCUCAGUAGGUGCGAGCACGGUUCGUGUCGUCCCCAGAUAGGUCCUGCCAUACAGGUCGUCGACCAAAACGCAAACCGUAAUCUUUGGCAUGUAAUAUCGCCAUUUG